CAUGUUUGUUCUCAUAUGACCUCACUGCAGAAAAAAAAUUAUAAAAACAAUCAGUGAAUUUUAUUUCUCUCAUUUUCCCCUCGUCUUCUCCCCCCUUACCUCCUCCUCCUCCUCCUCUCAGACAUGGCAGGAGGAGUGUGUUUCCUGUGUGACCGUCCUCCUCGUGUCUCCACCUCCUUCCUCAGUCGCCUCCAGCAGGCCGUCAUCGUCCCACGUCGCAGCCUGCUGGAGCUGCAGCCAUUCAGCCAGCCGUCAGACUCAGAGCGGAGCCUCCAGAGAGGUCAGAGCUUCAACAGCAGCAUCGGCCGAUACACUGCAGCCAUCUCUGGAUUCUACCAGCUGACCGCCAGCCUGCUGAUCGAGUCAGGAGACAGACUCCAGGUGAGACUCAGAGACAGUGUGAGAGCAGCCAUCUGCAUCGAAUCACUCUGCCAGAGCAACCUCUCUGUAGAGUCAGUGAUGGGCGUGGCAGCUGCUGGAGGAACAUUCAGUAUCUUACUGACAGGAACGCUCUAUCUACAGGCUGGAGAGUACGUGUCAGUGUUUGUGGAUAACGCCACCGGCUCGUCCAUCAGCGUCCUGCAGGACUCUCUGUUCUCUGGGAUCCUGCUGGGAGUCUGAACACAGACACUUUGUGACAUCAGCAUGGCGUCCUACGGCGAGGACAGAGGUGUGACAUCAUCCUCACAGAGCUACACCGGAGCGCCAUCACCUGAUCUCCACAGUUUUAACCACACAGUGGCGCUGUUGUUCCUGAGGGAUCCUCUGAAACCUCGACUUGCUGUGAAUGAGUUUUUCAUUCACUUUAAUGCGGAUAUUUUUCCUGCAGCUCCGCCUGGUGGACAUUAGAGGAACUGCAGCCAGGGCGGCUCGUCGUUACUCCACUGAUCUUUGGAUGGCUGAUGAUACGUUCAUAUUUUACACGUUAUUAAAUCUUUAUAUUUAAGCAGUUUCAUGCUAACGCAUUGCCAGUAUUCUGAUUUUCUACCAGUUUUCUUUUUGUCAUCAGAGACCUGAGAACAGCAUCAGUCUGAACAGAUCGUCUGUCUCCAUCUUACUUUGAUAUUAAUAUUUAUUCUCUGGAUGUGAUAAACAAGUUGUGAAUAAUUGAGAUAAUAAAACUGUUCUACUCGCUGUCA